AGCGUCGGCCCGGCCGUCAUUGACAUUUCUCGACCCGCGAAUCGAAUGAUAAACUCAGAUCUCCAUUGCCUCCACCAUCAAUUGAUGCGCCUGUGAUCCAAUUCAGUACAGAGACUUUGACACCACCUGCGCAAGUCUGAACCUGAACUCGCCGCUUGAAGCCUUGCUUUGCGCCGAGUCCAACCCCGCGCUCUUACAAUGCCGAGCCCCGCGAUAGAACACAUUCAGUCCGACGACCGGACCCGGCUCCCGUCCUUCUACUCCCCGCGGACGACUGCGAGCGGCCCGUCACGCAAUAACCAAGACGUAGAACAAGCCGACUUCUCCAUCUCCUUCGGCAACCCCGCGUCCAGGAGCGCGAAUAACCAAGAUGACGCAUCACAGCCAGAGACGCCAUCCACACAGCCUCCACCACCAGUAUCCCUUCUCUCGCCCGCAUUUACACCGCCAGCAACGCCGGGAACAGCGACACCAAGCAGUGCGCCACCCGAACCCCGCGGCAUACCCGUCGACAGCACGAUUCCGACAGGAGGAUGCGGCACCAAGCAACCGCGGCUGCUCGAGACGCUGCCGCAAGUCGAAUGCAUCGUGCGCGCGCGGAUACCGACCACCACGGGGGCCGAGAUGUUCCUCCACCUCUACACCAACAACGUAGAUAACAAGGAACACUUGGCCAUCGUGUUCGGCAACAACAUCCGGAGCAAGUCCCUGGACGCCGUGCGCGAGGGCGAGACCGAGAUGGAUCGCUUAGUAAGAGGCGCUUACACCGGCCGGCUAUACCCUGGGAGAACUACCAGCGGCACAAACACGCCCUCGCUUGAAAGCACUAGCGCCAAUGAACAAUCCGCACACGGGCCGCCGCUCGUCAGGAUACACAGCGAGUGCUACACGGGCGAGACGGUGUGGUCGGCGCGGUGCGACUGCGGCGAGCAGCUGGACGAGGCGGCGCGGCUGAUGUCGCUGCCCGGCAACAAGGCCGGCGGCAUCAUCAUCUACCUGCGGCAGGAAGGGCGCGGCAUCGGGCUGGGCGAGAAGCUCAAGGCGUACAACCUGCAGGACCUGGGCUCCGACACGGUCGAGGCCAACCUGCUCCUGCGCCACCCGGCCGACGCACGCAGCUACGGCCUGGCCACGGCCAUGCUGCUCGACCUCGGGCAGAAGGAGAUCCGCCUGCUGACCAACAACCCGGACAAGAUCCGCGCUGUCGAAGGUCCCCACCGCGAGAUUGUAGUCAAGGAGCGCGUCGCCAUGGUGCCGCUCUCGUGGAAGGGGAGGGGCGGGUUUAGGGCGCCUGAGGUGGAGGGCUACUUGAAGACCAAGAUCGAGAAGAUGGGUCAUAUGCUAGAUUUGGCAAGCCUACCGCGCUGACGCAUCAUAUAUGCACGCCGCGGCUUGUAGAUUCUUGUGUAUGUGUCAUAGAUACCUUGUGCAUUGGCAUUGGCGUUGUUCUUUUGGGUAGACAUUGGAUCUGAAAACAAGGACAUUGUGUACCGUCUCAGCUUGAGGUGGUGUUGAUUUAGAUAGCAAUGUAGCCUUAUCGAUAACCGGAUGGCCCAGAAAA